AUGAAGAACAAAAGUGCAAUGGCGGUGGUUGAUGUUUGGCGACGUGAAGUCGGAGAACUAUCGAAUAGGAAAUUCGCCCAACGCCGUGCUGCUUCGGAGGAUCUCGUGCUACGAUUAGACAUUUUUGAGAAACUCGAAAAGCAUCGAGGUUGUGUGUACACCGCAAGCUUUAAUGGUGAUGGUAACAUUUUAGCUUCCGGAGCUGAUGACAAGCAUAUUAUAUUAUGGGACUGGGAAACUGGACUUCCCAAGCUUGCUUUCGAGUCAGGUCACGCCAGAGCCAAAGUCUACAAGGUUUUCCGAGCUAAAUUCAUGCCUUACACAGGCGAUUGUAGCUUGAUUACGUGUGCUUCAGAUGGUCAGGUUCGACAUGCUCAAAUCUCGGAGUGCAGUGUUGAAACUAGGCUGGUGGCUAAACAUCAGGGAAAAGCUUAUAAUUUGGCUGUUGAACCGGGAAACCCUCAUUUAGUUUACACUUGUGGUGAAGAUGCAUUAGUGCAGCAUAUUGAUCUUAGAACUGCAGAAGCUACAGAACUUUUUAAAUGCCAAACAAUAAAAGGUCAUAGGGCUCAUAUGUCGAUUAUUCCUCUGCAUGCUAUUGUUGUCGAUCCAAGGAACCCGAAUCUCUUUGCGGUCGGGGGAUUGGAUGAUUAUACUCGCCUUUAUGAUGUUCGGAAAUAUAAGUGUGAUGGUUCAACUGAUUUCGGACAACCUACAGAUUAUUUUUACCCCCCUCAUGUGAUAGAUAAAUAUUUAAGUGGAGAAACAUGCUUGGCCUUUUCAGAUCAUAGUGAGCUUCUUGUCUCAUGCAGAGACAAAUCCAUUUGUCUCUUUACUCGGGAUAUGGGAUUGGGGCACAAUCCAGUUCCAUCUUCCCCAUCCUCUGCAUGUAGUGAAGCAAAUGGAAAAGCUAUUCCUCAAGUUUAUAAGGGACAUGGAAAUUAUCAGAAUGUGAAGGGUGUUAGCUUCUUUGGACCCAAAUCCGAGUAUGUGGUUAGUGGAUCCGGCUCUCGAAUAUUUAUUUGGAAGAAGAAAGGUGGAGAGCUUGUUCAUGUAAUAAAGGCAGAUGUACUCGGGGUCCAAUGUGUCGAGUCUCAUCCACAUACCACUGCUCUGGCUAGCAGCGGAGUUGAGGGCAUCAAGAUAUGGACACCAAAGGCUAUCGAUAAAGCCGCACGCCCAACAAACAUUGAGCAGGAUCAAAAGAAUGUUUUAAACUUGGACUUGAGAUGUAUGGCAAGUAGAGGAGCUGACGUUCUGCCAUUACAUUCUUUGCAGAAGGUUCUGAACGGUCUCCCCCGCACCUUCUCUCGUAUCGUCUCUUAUGCUACAUUCAACUAUGUUGUAUAUAACGAAGGUGAAGAUGAUGAAUUUGUUUCUCCUCUUGGUGGUAUGGAGCCGUCUUCGGAUGAUGAUAACGAUAACGAAUGGAUAUAA